AUGGAUUCCGAUGCCAGUUUGAUUUCAAGCCAGCCGUCUUCUCCGGAGGCAGACGGCAUUUUUCUGUCUGACGAGCCAACCUCGGGUUUCACCAGCACGGUGUCGUCCACGCAGAGCGACUGCGGAGCUCAGCUGUGCGGAGAGCGAGGCGGGCAGCUGAGAGCCAAGGACAGCAUCAGGCUGAAAGACAAGAAGCAGAUGAGCGAGCCCGAGCUUCAGCAGCUGAGGCUGAAGAUUAACAGUCGGGAGCGCAAACGGAUGCACGACUUGAAUAUCGCCAUGGACGGGCUGCGGGAAGUCAUGCCUUACGCGCACGGACCCUCUGUCAGAAAGUUGUCCAAAAUCGCCACCUUACUCCUGGCCAGAAACUACAUCCUCAUGCUCACCAACUCACUGGAGGAGAUGAAGAGGCUGGUGAGUGAGAUCUACGGUGGCCACCAUAGCAGCUUCCACCCAUCAGCUGCCUGCGGGACACUCAGCCACGGCGGGGCGCCUCUGCCGGGACACCCGACCUCUCACGCGGCUCACCAAGUUCAUCAUCCAAUCAUGGCCCCGGCCGUCACUUCAGCUUCUCUGUCCGGAGGCAGUAUUCCAGCCGUGAACAGUAUCAGACCCCCUCACGGUCUCCUGAAAUCGGCGUCCGCAGCCUCCGGCCCGCUGGGCAGCGGUUUCCAGCACUGGGGAGGAAUACCGUGCCCGUGUACCAUGUGUCAAGUCCCACCGCCUCACCAUGUGGCGAGCAUGACCACAGCCGGCAUGUCUCGACUAUCAUCUGACAACAAGUAA